CUCCAUCGAUGACAGAUAUAAAGUUUUUCAGUACAAUUUUGCCAAAAGCGCGGUCGAUCGAUCCGUAUCGGCGUAAAUGAUUUUUCCAUUUAGUUAGUAUCACUUUUUGUAAUUCAUACUUCCAGGUAACACUUUACGUAUUUCUAUUCCAACAUGGCACACUGGAAACUUUGUCGCCUUAAUUACGGCACAGAAAAGUUUGAUAUGUUCGAAGGCGAGGAUGUUACGGUUGGAAGAGGAGUUCAUAACACGAUAGUGCUCUCCAGCAUUGUAAUUUCAAGGAACCACUGUGUCAUCAAUGUGCAGAGAAACCAACUUAUUAUUACUGAUUUGCAGAGUUCCAAUGGAAUUUAUGUCGGUCCAAACAAAAUACCUCCAAAUAGACCAUAUACUAUAACAGAAACUGAUAUUAUAGGAAUUGGAUGGACACUGGGAGUGGUUCUCACAGGAACGAAUAUCCAAGAUCAUGAAAAGUUUGUGUUUAAGUUAGUCAGGGAAGCACCUAGUCCUCCUGUUAUAGACAGAAUACAAUUCCAAAGUGACAAUGAAAAUACAAAUUUACAAUCUCCUAUAAGACAGACAAAACAUCCACCAAAGAGAAAGGUGGAAGAGGCUGUGUCGGACACAGCGCCAAAUGAAGUCAUUAAAACUGAAAAACCUGAAGUAAAAAAUGGCAUAAUAGUUAUAGACAAUGUAAUCAACAUAUUAUCAGAUAGUGACAAUGAUAACCAGCUGUAUCUAGAAAAUGUAGCCAAGAAAACAAAACUCGAUUUGUAUUGUGAGGAACUUCCAAAAACAAAGGAAGCUAUUAUCAAGGUUGAGCGGGAUGAUCUGGAAUAUGAUGCUUUUCAAGUGAAACAAGAGCACCAGGUUUAUGCCGAUGAUCCCAUUUAUAUUGAUAGUGAUGAUAGCCAAGAUGAAGAGUCUGUGCAAUGGUUGAUGAGGCUCUCUCAGAGCUCACCAGGCAAACCUUUCAUUAAAAUAAAAGAGACCAAAGCUGAAAUCCACAAUGAGGAAAGCUCGUAUAGCCAAAUAGAAGAUGAAGAUAUAUUUCACCAUGACUUGAUUUCUAUACCAUCUCAACCUCAAGAACAUUCAGAUUCAAAAGUGGAUAGUUCUAUUAAAGCCACUGCUGCUUCAAGACUACUAAAAUUUGAUGAUGAUGAUGAUGAUGAUGAUGAUGAUGGAUUGUUGAAUGACUUGAUUUCGCUUGAUCACACAGCAAACAAUGUACCAACUGUGUCUCCAAAUACUGUUCAAACAGAGCAGGAUGAAAUAGAUGGAAUGAGCAGUAAUUAUUUAAUUACUGAUGCUGUGAGUACCAGUGUGGGCUAUCAACAAGAUAAAGGGAAAAGAGCACAAAUGAUUGAUCCAUUAAUUUGUAUACCUCGAAAGAAAACUGUCCCACCUGCUAUUGUGAGUGAAAGUAAAUCUAAGAAAACUUCCUCUAAACACUAUAAGGAGGGCUCUAAACACAGUAAAGAGAGAAGGCAUUCAUCAUCGAAAAGACAUAUCACCAAUUCACAAAAAGAGGAGCGCAAAAGGAAACUCAAAGAAAUUGCCACAAAGAAAAAAGAUCAUGCAAAUGGAACUGACAAGAGAGUUAAUACAGAUGCUAAGGAUAAAGGAGUUUCCAAUGUAAAGUUAACAACCAUAAAUAGAGGUGCUUUCCUUACUGACGCUGUACAAGUAGUCAAACCAAUGAAGGGAAGGGACAGUCCUCAAAAACUAACCAAACCCAAAGAGAGGAGAUCAUCUCCGAAACCAAUUAAACAUGAUAAAAGUACAUCAAAAACAACUGAUAGCAAACAAAAGUCAAUCUCAUUUGACUCUAGAGUACCUCUGAAAAGCUUGAAACCAUUAUCAGAGAGUGAAGAAAAACCUUUUUCGAAAGUGGAACCUUUACCACCGAAGAAGUCAAAGAAGACUGUUAUGUUUUCAACAGAACCGCCUAAAGUCCACGUGUUUCAGAUCGAAGAGGGAAACAAAAUGAAGAGUACACAGUUAGUGAAGGCGUCAUUGGACAAUAUAGGUAUUAGGGCUAUGCCAUUCUUUUCCUUGGAAAAAGUCACUUUAAUGAAAAUUCUCCGAUGGAACCCUCACUGGCUGGAAGAACAACUCAUUAACAAUGAUCCACCUCCAAUUCUUGGACAUAGUAACCCACCUAUGACCAUCUUCCAUUCCUUCAACAACCACAAACAAUAUAUACAAUUGGUGGGUGAUCUACUUCUGAUGGAAAUCUGGGAAUGCUUAUCUCAAGGUUACAUGAGGUUGAGAAACCAAAAUAUUGGUAUAAAGAUGACCAUAGGAUCUUUGCCGCCUGUGCCUACGCAGGAUCGCGCGUACGAAUUAUUCAACAUUAGUGUUGACUUAUCUGUGCCGCAAACAGAAGUAAGAACUGUGCCAAGAACAGGAGAGAUACUGCUCAUCUCUUUUGGACCGGAUAAUGCUAAUCGAAGAUUUUUCUUCGUGCACAACGUUAGGUGCCUUCCGUCGCCAAAAAAUAACAUACAUUCAUUCUUCUCACUAUCUCUACACGCGUGUUACACCGACAAAAUGGGAAAACUGAAGCCCGGGGAUACAAUGGUGGCCAUAAGUUUAGCUUAUAUUCAAAAGGAACUGAUGUUGUUUGAUGCUAUGGAAUAUCUAGCAGGGUCACCUCUUAGCGAAGCGAUACUAAGGCCGGAGCCGCGGCAUUUUGUUAAGACUGAUUCUAAAUCUUCGUUUAAUAUGCAGUGUCAAUGGACAAAGGUUCUAAACCCUAGUCAACAAGCGGCCGUAUUCUCCUCAGUUUCGGCGGCACUAAGCGACAGACCAUGUAUUCAAAUGGUACAGGGACCACCGGGGACAGGGAAAUCAAGCGUAAUAUGUGCCAUAGUGAUGUCUUACUUCUACGAUCUUAAAGGGAAGCUACAACAUAAUAGAGGCAAAAUUUUAAUUUGCGCGACCAGUAAUGCCGCGGUCGACGAGAUCGUUUGCAGGCUGCUUAACAUCAGACAGAACUUGCCUAAAACCGAACGGUUCCGUAUGGUUCGCGUAGGCCGUGCAGAAGCGAUGCAUCCGCUGGCAUACAACAUCUCGUCGCAGCAGCUAGCACAACGCGACGCCGUCGCAAGACAACAGGCCGAGCCCGUGCAUGCCGGACUCACUGCAGAGAUCUCUCACAUAGAGGCCAAGAUAAACAUGUGGCGGACACAGGAGCAAGACGCAAAAGAUCCUGAACGAGCAGCUUACUGCAGCGGCCGGGUCAAAGAACUCCUAAAUAGAUUGGAUUUGCUUCGUAACGGCGGCGGAGGAGGUGGGCCCGGAGAGAAACUCCGCGCCGAUCAAUUGGCGCACGCGGAACGUCGUAUCGUAGAUUGUGCACACAUCAUUGUCACUACUCUCUCCAGCGCACACAAUCAUAAAAUGAGAGGGUUAAAAAGGCGAAUAGCACUGUGCAUAGUGGACGAAGCGGGACAGGCGAUCGAGCCAGAGACGCUGAUUCCGCUCACGCUCGACGUAACGCAUCUGACGCUCAUCGGAGACCCGCAACAGCUGCCUGGAUACAUCUGCUCACAGCGAGCGAAAAAACACGGUCUAAACGAGAGUCUUUUCUCCCGUUUAACAUCAUGCGCCGAGAAUUGGAAAGAAGGCAGUCCUGUGAUCCUAUUGAACCGUCAAUACCGCAUGCACCCUGAGAUCGCGGAGUACCCCAACCGUGCGUUCUACGGCGGACACAUCACAACUACGUCGCCACCGCGUCCGGACAUACCGCUGCCGCCCUAUUGCAUUAUUAGUAUCUCUAGCGGAGAUAAAGGACAAGGAGCGUCUGGCGCUAACGAGAUGGAGGCGUGGGGCGUGUCUCGUCUAGUCACCGCGUUGAAUUCAUUGCUGCGUCCGCGCGGGCUCAGCCUGGCCGUGGUCACUCCCUACAACGCACACAAGGAGCUCAUCAAGCGCAACUUGAAGUUGCUACAGGACCCAGCGGAUACUUGCGCCCCUGUAGAGGUAAACACAGUGGACAGCUUCCAAGGGCAAGAACGUGACAUAGUGGUAGUGUCACUGGCAAGGUCAAGUGGCGUGGGUUUCCUCACCGACACAGGACGAAUGAACGUGAUGCUCACACGUGCUAAGCAUGCGCUGCUCGUUUGCCUUAAUCCUCACGCCAUAAUUAAAAAUCACCAGUGGCGAACAUUAGUCGAGGACGCUCAAAGAAGAAAACUGUAUAAAAUAUUUCCAAAUAAAUUAUGUCGAGCGGCGCCAGGGCCCAUUCAGAAUGACGACAUUCUUAAGUAAGUAAUGAACAUCUAGUCCUACAAUUUCCUGUGAUGUUUUUUCGUUGAAGUUCUCGGAACAAAAAUUAAUGUUACUGUUAACCACAUCGUUAGAUUGCUAUGCGAGUGUAACGGAACUUCUAGAAAAGAUCCCACAGCUGAACGAUAAGUCAGUUUGUAUUUACAAAAUAUUACUAUCGAUUAUUGCACAUUACUACGCUGUGUGUGGUAAGAGUGCGUACAAAUCUGGCGAUUGCGCCUGUUUGCGGAAGGCUCGCGAGCUGCACACCUGCAUUACGUAGUGCGGUCUGUCCGCGUGCCGCUCGCGCGUAUUAUGCGUGAGACGUUAGGCCUUGUCCAGAAGAAGCGAAUUCGCCGUAAAUCGUCCCGCGCGUAUACGGGCGUACUUUGAGUCCAGAGAUACGUUGAGAGAGUUGUGACUAGAGAAAGCAAAAUGUACUUAGUACCUACAUCCAAUUCUUUAUGAUAGACUGACACAUAGAAUGUUUGAAAAUUGCGCGGGACUCGUGCGAGACACGCGCGAGUCGAAUCUGGCAUAUUGCACGCGAUUUACGCGCGAAUUUUGAAAUCGCGCGAUACUUAUGGACGCGAUGUAUGAAUUCGCGCAAGACUUCAAGAGAGAGAGAAUUCGGUCCUUCUGGACAAGGUGUUACAGAGGCCUCUGCAUCUGUACGCACAUAUUUGUUUGUAAUGUACGUAGCAUUACAAGGUGGUGCUAUUGAAAUUGAAUCGAUUUUGGAGUGUUCAUAAUAUUAUUACAUAUUAGUCGUCGAAAAAUACUUUGACGUAUAUUUUUGAAACUUUCUCCUUUUAAAAUAUUCUUGUAAAUUGUGUUUACGUAUUUUUUUUUUCAAAAUAGCUUAAAUAAUUCCCACUGAUUUUAUUGUAAAGAUUAAUGUGUUGUGUUAUCUAUCAUUUAUCAGUUUAAAGUUCAUUGACUCCUAAAUAAAUGAAAUAAAUACAUGCAAUUAAUCAACAUUCUUAUCAAACCAGGUAUUUCAGAAGACUAGUUUCGGAUGAAUUACACAUUUUGUUGUCAUUGACACGGAGAAGAUGAACGAAGAUGUGUGAAAAUAUAGACUGUUUUUAUUAGUUUUAUAAUUCCUUUACUCAUAUUUUUCUGUUUUGUACCUUUAAUCUGUUAAUUUUAUAUAAGAAAUUAGUACAUUAAAUUACGCUACUGAUGCGUUAUAAGGACUAUAAUAACGAGUGCUAGUUUGUAACACGAGAUGUGGCCCAGAAAGAUAGCACGAGUUUUACGAUUACUGUUUACAUACAAUAUCAUAUUAAUACUUUUCUUAACUAGAAAAUAAAUAAUAGAAUAAAAAUUAUUAUUUGCAUUUUUGCAUUUUGUCUGUGUUGUGCAAUUUAUAAAGGAUACAGAAACACGAGCAUAAAUGGCGACACUCGUGCACACUUGACCUGUUGCGUAAUUGACUUGACCGGUUGCGUAAUUGACUUGACCGCACAAUUUUGCGUUACUGUUUGAGGUUUAUUAUUGCGCAAAUUGUCAAUGGGGAAACAAAAAAAAUUAUCAAAUUCAAAUAAAGAAGCGGGGUUACCUAAGACUGAGAAAAAUGCACGUCAAGCGUUUGUUACGAAAUUUGCCUUGCUAUUAAGGUCACGAGGCCGUAGGGUCUAACAUCUUUAUGGUUAGAAACAUGAGCUAAGCUCACACUAGCGAAUUAUUUAUGGUUAGACAUAAAACAUUCGCGGUAGUCACUCUACUGUUUGCACAUAUGUGAACGUAGUUUUAUGCGAUAUGGAUAAAAACCAAACCUUCGUAUUUUCUGGCGACUUUUAUUCUAUAAACGUAUUUUCCCUUUGCCUAUUUGGAUCAUUUGUAUUCGGAAUCUAAAUAAAGGGUUUUUUAACAAUGAUUAUUAAUAGUACGACAAUGAUAUCGUUAACUUCUCUGUACGCGCUAUGUCUAGAUCAAAUAAGGACAAUAAGUGUCUAAUCUGUGUCAAAAAAAAUAUUUUUGGUGUUAAAACGAUGUGAAAAAAAAUUGACGUAAUUAUGUAGAAAUUAACCAAUCGGCAAACAGUACAUUGUGUAACUAAGGCGCCUUCUAAUUAGACAGUUAUAGAAGCUCAGUAGUGCCGCGGCAGCAGCCCGUCUGUAGCGCUUCAGUAUUUUUAGUUCACUAAUAUAAAGGCCUAAUUAGAAGGCACCCUAAGGCGGUAAAAUUAUUGCAAACGAGCUUAUAACCUUAAAACAUGUGUAACAUAUAUUUUUCAAUGCAUUUGUUAGACAAAAAAACCUUUUUCUUACGCAAUUUGUACUUUACUGAAAACGUCGAUCGUCAAUUCCAUAUUUUUCGCGAAACCUCAUUUGGACUAAUCAACAUUUAUUUAGUAUACAAACAAUAACAAAGACCUAAUAACGUUUGUUAAAAAUAGGGAAAUAACAAGGCUUCCGAAAAACAAUUGAACGCGGAAGUCUUUUUGGACAGAAAUUAAUUUCCCUAGUCGCUACGCAUUUUCAACCGUACCCGUCUACUUAGUAUCAAAUUAUAUCAUUUUAAGAACAUAUAAUAUUAUUUUGAUAUUAUUCCAAAGUUUAUGAAAUGUAUAGUACAUCGCUUUUAAAUUUAUAAUAGGUGAAUUACGGUAAAGAUGGCUAACAAUACUUUUCGGGUUAAAUUGAAUGGGUAAAGGCGAAUACGUCAGUUCAAGAUUGUUCGUAACUUUUCAAAAUUCGAUUAUUUCAGUAUUUUUAUUUGUGCAAGUUUUCGGUAAUGUUCAUAUUUUGAGUUAGUUAAUUGCUUUCACUUUUCGGAGUUUUUAUUAUUACUCUAAAAAACGACGUAACGUUUACUUUUUGUAUUUAUUUAGCCCUUUAGCUUUACAAUUUUUCUGACAAAAUGUUUAAACAUUAAAACUGGCUGCUGAAAACGUUUUGUAAUAAAAAUUCAGGCAAUUGAAAUUAUUUGGAUCGCUUCUGCAUAACUACGUCAAAUUUUAAUUUGCUUUAAAUUGACAGAAGUCCGAAUAUAAUGUAUAUUUUCGUACCUUUAAUAAAUAUUCUUCGACAAACUGUGUUAUUAUUUUGUAGUUGUGAAAGUUGAAAACAUCAACUGAAAAUCCAUCGUUCAUACGCACCC